AUGGAACCCAAACAACAGAGGUCUAAUCUGGAGAGAAUCAAGGUACCACAAUUUUCUGGAAACAUUAAACAUUAUCGAACAUGGAAAAGAAUUUUCGAGGACACUAUGAAGAGAAAUUAUGAAAAUGAAGGAAGUCAACUUGCAAGAUUGAUUGAAGCUAUCCAACCCCCCCCCCCCCUGAGAUAUGAAAUUGAAUGUUUUACUACAACUAAAGCGAUAUGGGAAUUUCUCGACAAGUUAUUUGGAGACGACAAAGAGUUGAUUAAAAUUUUGAUGAAUGAUAUCAAAACAAUGAAACCCUUGAAGGUCAAAGAUGCAAAGUCGAUUCGGAAUUUGGUCGCAACAGUUCGUGGGUUUAUUCUCAGAAUGGAGGAUGUUGGAGCAUCUGACGAAGCCAAAAGUAGAUAUGUGUUUGCUGAUAUUCUGGCGAAAUUGACGGUAGAAGAUCAAAGAGCUUACGCACGGAGUAUGAUUGAUACAAAGAAGAUUGAAAGCCUGCAUACCUUGUUGGAAUACCUAGAAGAAGAGGCAAAAAUAAUGGCAAGUAGUCAAUCGGAUCAACGCUCUUCAAAAAUUGGGAUUUAUCCAGUUAAUGUGGACGGUGGUUACAAUGGUGCCCCUGGUUGUGGUUUGGGUUGUUCCCAACAGCAUGGUUUAGGUUAUUGUCCAGCAUUUAAGAAGAUGAAAGUGAAGGAAAAGUGGAAGUGGUGA